AUGGUUGCUUUCAAGUCUCUUCUUGUACUCCUAGCGCUUAGCGUGGAGGGCAUUGCUGCGUUGAACCCUACCUCUACCUGUUCUACUGCUCUCGGAACCAAGAGCGUCAAGAAUGUCCCAACGUCCAGAGCCACCACAGUCAAGAAAAUCACUGUUAUCAAGAAAGUGGUCCGGAAAGUCAAUGUUGUUGUUAUCCCGGUAGCCAAGACGUCUACUAUUCGCGAGACAAAGAUACAUACCUCGACUGUUAUUGCCGAUCAAGCCACCAAGACUGCCACCAGCACCAUUGUCUCCAGCUCUACUUCUUUCAUUCAAAGAACAGUCUGGUCUACUGUCAAUACUGCCACGACAACCACUACUACCAAGUUCUUCACCUCCACCGUUGGCGAGCCUGCUGAUUUCACCAAAGUCCUCAACCAGCCACGGACCGUGAAACGACGAAAUCAGGAGAAGAGAGGCGACAUAGAAACCGAGACUGUUGGACCGGGCGGCACUUAUCCUCAGAGCGUUCAAUGUGUCAAGGAGGUUCCCACUACCUCUACCAAGACUGUCACUACAACUGUGCAAGGAACACGACAGACCGCAAAGGCUGUUACAAAGCUCAAGACCACUACUGUUUUUACCACGGUCCUCACAACGCUAUAUCCAGACGACGCUAGUACUACUGUUCUUACUACCGAGUACCCUGUUACCACCUCUGUUGUCGACGUUACUUCUACUACUACUGUAGUCUCAACCGUGACCGUUGAGAGCCAAGUGCCGGAGGCAACUGAGUACGCCAUCUGUUCUUCAGAUAAUCUGAUGGUAACAGAUAAUGGCGGAGGCCAUUUCGUCACAUAUGGCAACUACCAGUUACAAAGUAGUGUUAUCAGUGUGGGAGGUGGUUAUACCGCCAGCUUAUGCUGUAACGCUUGCGCAAAGCUAGCAAACUGUCAGGGCUCCUAUUACACUUCCGACACUCAAUGCAAGCUGUACAUUGCAAGGGAUGGCAGUACAUGUGCCGAUUCACGCCAGAACAUGAUUGCCGAAUAUUAUACAGGAAAUGGGUUUCCUCUAUCGGUAAUUCUUAGCAACGGAUUAUGUGGACAAUGGAAGAAUGGGGGUACUAUUAGCAGCCAGAACACCUGA